CAAUACUUACCCAAUAAGGACUUUAAGCCCCACAUUGUGGCCAAGGCUUCCAGUGCUGCUGAAGGCCUCUGCAAGUGGGUCAUUGCCAUGGACAUGUAUGACGCUGUUGCAAAGGAAGUGGCUCCUAAGAAGGUUAAAUUGGAGAUAGCAGAGAAGGAGUUUGCUGCGACAAUGGGCCAUCUUAGAAGAGAAGAGAGCCCAGGUGAGGAUGCUGGAAGAGAAGCUGAUGGACUUGAAUGCCAAGCUGGAGGCUGCACAACAACGCAAGAAGGUGCUGGAAGAUGAGGUGGGCAUGUGCGAGAGCAAACUUUGGAAGGCCCAAAGACUGAUAGGAGGAUUAGGGGAAGAAAAAGGGAGGUGGAUGGAAAAUGUGGAAGGACUACAAGAUUCCUUUAACAAUCUGGCGGGAGACAUCUUGCUUUCCUGUGGCGUCAUAGCCUACCUGGCCCCUCUCACAUUUCCGUUCAGGCAAACCUUGAUCAGAGACUGGUGUGAGAUGUGUACGAACCUUGAGAUCCCCAGUUCAGGGAAGUUCAAGUUUGUCAAUGUGCUUGGAUUUGACAUUAACAUCCAAAACUGGAAUAUUGAUGGACUACCACGGGAUGAAUUCUCCAUUCAAAAUGCUGUUAUAUUAGAAUGCACCGACAGAUGUCCAUUGUUAGUGGAUCCCCAAGGGCAUGCCAAUCGCUGGAUCAAGGCUAAAGAGAAGUCCAAUAACCUCAAAGUGGUCAGGCCUUCAGAUCAAGAUUACAUGAAGAUCGUGGAGACAAGCCUGAGUGUUGGUAACCCUGUAUUGUUGGAAAACGUUGAAGAAGAUCUAAAAGCAGUCAUUCUCAGUCCCUUUUUUGUAAAACGACCUGACAGUGGUAACCUGCGAAGUCCUUGUAUAUACAUCACCACUAGGCUGCAGAACCCUGUAUUCUCUCCCACGGUGUUCAACAACUUCUCUGUCGUUAACUUCACCUUGACUCUUAACGGGCUUCAGGACAAACUACUUGAUAUCGUCAUUGCAAAGGAAAGACCUGUCUCCAACGAAAUACAGAUAACCAUCAUUUCAAACUCUGAAAAUAAAACAAAACUGCAGCAUUUAAAAGAUCCUGGAAAAUUUGUCACACUAUCAGUGGAUAUAAAAGAAAAACAAAGAGAAGCCAAAAUAGUGGAGGAAGAGAUAUAUUUGUAUUGCAAGCAAUAUUUUGGUGUGGUGGAGCACUCGGCUCGGCUUUACUUCUGUGUGACAAAUCUGGUUAACAUCAACUACAUGUAUCAGUUCUCUUUGGAUUGGUUCAUCAAAACAUAUAGUGUGUCUAUAGAUACUGCGAAUAAAUCUCAAGUCAUGGAAACUCGGCUACAAUAUCUCGAAGACAGGAUUACUUACAACCUGUAUAAGAACGUAUGUUGCUCUCUCUUUGAAAAACACAGAAUUCUUUUCUCUCUACUUCUGUGUACCACAAUUCAACUGGCAAAUAACGAAAUACGAGAAGAUGACUUAAACUAUUUCCUGGGUGGAUACAGUGAAACAACCAGCGAAAACAAUCCCACCUCUUGGCUAAGUGAAUCCGCAUGGAAACUCAUCUGUGGUCUGGACACGCUUUCGUCUUUUACGGGAUUCGCCUCCAGCUUUUCCAGCAACCAUUUGGAAUGGGAAUCUGCUCAACAGACAGUUCCCUUGGAGUUUCCAGCUCCGUGGAAUUCUUCACUGAAUCGUUUUCAAAAAUUAAUUGUGAUCAAGAUCAUUUAUCCAGAUCAGAUGAUGGAUUAUAUAUUCCGGUACAUAGUAGACAGCAUGGGGUCCCAGUACACUAGACCAUCUAAUUGUGACAUCUCAACUCUGUUUGAGGACUCCAACUGCCUCACACCUCUCCUGUUGGUGGUUUCCUCAGGUUCAGAUCCCCUGGCUAGGCUUGAACAGUUUGCAAAGAGGAAGCAGUUCUCCAACCGGUUACAUACCAUCUCUCUAGGGUUGGAUCAGGAGGAUAAAGCUACUGCCGUGGUGGAGCAGUGCAGGGAGGAUGGCAGCUGGGUGUGCCUGCAGAACUGUCACUUGGCUCUCGACUACAUGCCCACCCUGGAGAGGCUCUGUGACAGUCUGACACUGCACAACACCAACAUGGAGUUCCGGCUGUGGCUUACUUGCUCGCCUGUUACUCAGUUCCCAAUGUCACUUCUGCAAGGCAGUGUUAAAAUGACAACCGAUUUGCUCUCUGGCCUCAAACAAAGACUGUUGCACAGCUUCAUGUCUGAGCCAAUUUCUGAUGAGGACUUCUUUUAUGGCUGUCCCGGCAAGGACCGUGCCUUCGGCAAGCUCUUGUACUCCCUCUCGUUCCUCCACGCUGUCGUACAAGAACGGCUCAAGUACGGCCAUGCAGGCUGGAACAUUCCUUAUGAGUUCACAGAAGUUGACUUCCACAUCUCCGUACAUCAGCUGCAGAUGUACAUAAACAAGUACACAGAUAUACCAUAUGACAUAAUACAGUACGUGGUGGGAGAGUGCAACUAUGGAGGGAGAUUGCACGAUGAGAGAGACCAACGUUUGCUCAACAAUCUCGUCGGAGACUUGAUUAAUAUCCGAGUGGCGGAGACUCCCAACUACCCACUCUCUAGUGUUGGCCACCAAUACCACAUCCCCCUCAGGUUUGAGUACCACGACUUCAUAGUUUCCAUUCAGGCAUUACCGGAUAAUCCAACAGCUGAGGUGUUUGGCCUUAACUGUAAUGCUGAAAUAGAACACAACAUCAAUGUCACACAAGAACUUGUUGCCACCCUGAUGCUGCUACAGCCAAAUGCAACGAGGAAGAAACAUUGGCCCGAUGAUUCCACUUUUGCUUCUGUAGAAUCCAUCAUAGAAAAAUUACCAAGCAAAGUCAGUUCUAAAAGUGAAUCAACUGAAGACACUAAAGUUAAACCUAAAGACCUUGAAGUAGAUAAAGGUCUUGAUGUUGAAGUUACAGAUCAAGAUAAAGACAACAGUGAUUUUGAAAUAGACGCUUCAGGUUCUAACAUUGAGUCUUUAGAACUUGAACUAGAGGAAGAAACUACAGAUCAAGUAGAGGACACUAGCAACGAAGUACAAGAUUCAAGUUUAAAUGAAGCCCGUGAUGAGGUCGAUGUUUUAAGACCACCUGAUGGCCUGGCAAUCGUAUUAGCUCAGGAAUGCAAGUCAUAUAACAAUUUACUGUCAACAAUUCGAAGUUCACUGCUAGCCUUUAAAGGAGCAUUCCUCGGAAUUUCUGAAACCUCCGAAGACAUUGAAAAUCUGGGCUUUCAACUGGAAAGGAAUGAAAUUCCGACUUCUUGGCUAAAAGUUUCCUACUCUACCAGCAAGACACUAGGUGGCUACAUUGAUGACUUGACAAAUCGUCUGAUGUGUUUAAAGGAGUGGUGCUGCAAGGGAAUCCAACAGGAGGUAUGGCUUCCGGGUCUCUUCUGUCCCCAAGCAUUGUUGAUGACGGUUCUCCACCAAUACUCCCGAACCAGCAAUGUACCCUUCCACCAGCUGGGCUAUGAUCACGUUGUUUUACACAAUUCUGAAGCUCCAGAGCCUUCUGGUCUGGUGGUCUGGGGUCUCCACCUUCAGGGAGCUCACUGGGACCAUUCAUUAUCUACAAUACAAGAACAGAUCCCGAGGGUUUUCUUCAGUGAAAUGCCCAGGAUAUGGUUCAAGCCCUGUUUGAAGAGUGAUGUCCUACAGGACUGCAGAUAUCACUGUCCUGUAUACACCACAACGUCUAGAGGCGAAUAUGUCACUCAUGUCAUGCUUCACACUCACACCCCCUCUCACUGGGUUUACAGAGGAGUUGUUCUCUUAUGUCAACUCGACAACUAAAACUCAAUUAUCAUGUUUAUGUACAUACAUUUGUAUGUGUGUGUAUACUACUUAACAUGUUCACUGUGGUGAACGCACCUAAUUACUUGGAACUAAUUUGAAUGAGUGUAACCACAGUAAAUUUGUUACAAUAUUUACAGUACUGUACUAGAGCGGUAUAAUCAGGAUGAUCUGAGUGAGAGCAACACCGCAGUCAAUGUGUAAACUCUUAGGCACUCAGGAUGUGUCACUCCUGGUUUACUGACAUGUGUGAAUACAUAAACACGUUAACGUAAUGACAUGUCUUUGUUCUCAUUGUUUAUUUUGUGAUGUUCUUUCUGAUGUUUGUUCACAAAAUUGUAAAUAAACAGUUUUUGUACUUUUA